GGUGCAUGAAAGAAGAUAAACAAGAGCUCUAAGCUAAACCUUAUUAUCUUCAAACAUUGUCGAAGUUCACAGCCAUUUCCUCACACACACAGGAAGAAGAAGAUGACGACGCUUCUUCAAUCCUCUCUGAACAACAAAAGCCUCUCUCUAUCUCUCUCAUCUUCUCCCUGCUAUUCUUCCCCACUUCCCUUCAAGCUCUCCACUCUCAACUUGUCUCAGACACAGAGCGUGUGUUACCAGAGUCUCUCUGUCACCUGCUCCAUCUCAAAGAUCCACAAUUAUGGCACCGUGGACUAUGAGCGCAGACCCAUUGUCAGGUGGAACGAUAUUUACAGGAGGAUAUCGUUGAUGGAAAACCCUGAACUGGGUUCUGUUUCUGUGUUGAAUCAGUGGGAGAAUGAAGGCAAGAAUCUUACUAAGUGGGAGCUUUCCAGGGUUGUCAAGGAGUUGAGGAAGUAUAGGAGACAUCAGAGAGCCCUUGAGGUGUAUGAUUGGAUGAACAAUAGACAAGAGAGGUUCAGAGUAUCUGCAAGUGACGCAGCAAUUCAGUUAGAUCUAGUUGCAAAAGUUCAUGGAGUUUCUAGUGCAGAAAGAUUUUUUCUGAACCUGACUGAUAACUUAAAAGACAAGAGGACUCAUGGUUCCCUGUUGAAUGUAUAUGUGCACUACAGAUUGAAGGAAAAGGCGGAAUCUUUACUUGACAUUAUGAGGAGUAAAGGGUAUGUGAUACAUUCACUACCAUUUAAUGUAAUGAUGACUCUGUACAUGAACCUCAAGGAAUAUGAUAAAGUUGAUAUGUUGAUUUCAGAAAUGAAAGAGAAAAACAUACGGCUCGAUAUCUAUUCAUAUAAUAUCUGGUUAUCUUCUUGUGAGUCGAUAGAAAAGAUGGAACAAGUGUUUGAACAAAUGGGAAAGGAUCCUGCCAUUGUCCCCAACUGGAGUACAUUCAGCACAAUGGCUACUAUAUACAUUAAGAUGAAUCAGUUUGAAAAAGCAGAAGACUGCUUAAGAAAGCUUGAGAGUAGAAUUAAAGGUCGAGAUAGAAUACCUUUUCAUUACCUCCUGAGUCUGUAUGGAGGUGUUGGAAACAAGGAUGAAGUUUAUCGCGUGUGGAGUACCUAUAAAUCAAUUUUCCCAACUAUACCAAACUUGGGAUACCAUGCUAUUGUUUCUUCUCUGAUCAGAAUAGAUGAUAUUGAGGGUGCAGAAAAGCUUUAUGAGGAAUGGGUUUCAGUAAGAUCUUCUGAUGAUGCUAGAUUGGGAAACCUUCUCAUAGGCUGGUAUGUGAAGAAUGACAAUAUAGAUAAAGCGUUGAAUUUCUUUGAGCACAUGACUGAUGGUGGUAGUGUUCCAAAUUCGAAUACAUGGGAGCUUCUCUCUGAGGGCUAUAUUGCAGAUAAGAGGGUUUCUGAGGCCCUAUCCUGCUUGAAAAAAGCUUUUGCCACUGAUGGUUCAAAGAGUUGGAAACCAAAGCCCUUAACCUUGUCUGCAUUCUUUAAGCUUUGUCAAGACGAAGAUGACACGGCGAGCACCGAGAUUUUAAUUGGGUUGUUGAGGAAGUCGGGAUUUCUUGAAAAUGAAGCUUAUGCAUCACUCAUUGGCUUAUCUGAUGCUACCAUUGGCAAAGGUGACUUGUCUAGAACUGAUGAUAUUGUUGACAGUGAAAAUGUGGAUGAUGACUCUCAAAUGUUGUUAAACCAACUAUAGAGUAGCUUUUGAUACUUUUUUCUUUUUACCACUGGGAAAUAGUUUGCUAGAACAUAGGGGAAUUUUGGUCAAAGAUUAUGGUUUUUUUGUCAAGUUCCUAUGCCUUAUCAUGACAGUAAUGAAGUGCUGGCUGCUGUUUGAACUACAAAGGUUGGAAUUUUUAUGCUGGCUUAUAACAUUAUCAUGUAAUAUUUUGCUCUAACAAACUGAUAUAUGUGAUCUGUGGCCAUCCUUUGUGUAUU